AACCAUUUAUUGUAAUGUUUGGUGACUAAACCAUUUUUACUUAAUCCCACACAGCUCCUAAAAACAAACCUGAAGUGGAAUACUUUAAGAUUGCUGACAACCGCCAAACAGCUUACCUGAAUGGAACUGUUGAACUCAAGUGUAAAUUACUGCAUGUUGACUCUGAUAUGUGGCUGUUGAAUGGCACAAGGAUUUCACAUGGUGAUCGUCACAAAAUGAUAAGGGAUACCACCAUUUGCAAACCUAGAAAGCUGUUUACCUUGAAAAUAAUAAACGUGACUGAGAAUGACGAGGGACGGUACACAUGCUGUGGAUAUAAAAAUGGUAUAAAGGCAACAAAGGAUCUUUUCCUUAAAACAGAGCCAUGUCCAAGCGGUUAUUACUGUCCCCCCGAAGGAAACACAGCUUUCCCUUUCCCCAGGUCUCCGCCGACACCAACACCUGGUAUCAGCAAAGGUAUGAAAGAGGAUGACCGUGAAACAAGGCAAGGGAAUGAAAGAUCCGGUACCUCUAGUGUCAUCACCCAAGGGGAAAAUCUAAAGACAGAAUUGGCUCCUGUCAGCAGAGGAUACAGCUUCCACAGACCAGAUCGCGUGAGCAUAUUAUUGUUCGCCGCAUUAGCUUUUACCUAUAUAACAAACGCAAGUAACAGUUUUAGCGCACAUUUCACUGGGUGUCAUAAAGCCAAAACUAAAGUAUUUAAAACAACCAAUCAGAUGAAAGGAAACUAUCACAUUGAGAAGUCAAAGUAAGAACAUGGACACUGGCAAAGUCGCGGGAAAACGAGAGAGACUCAGGCGUGAUCGAUUUUAGUCAGUUUCAUCUUAUUGUGUUAUGGAUGCAGUUUCGAGAGGAUGACAUUGUCAUUUAAGGGAACUCCACUCUUUUUUAACAAAUAGCGCUCAAAAUGUUCCAAAUGUACUUCUAAAUUGAUCUGGCAUAAAAUAUUACCUUACCAAG